AUGCAAUUCUUAGUGGACGUUGAGCUGAAGUACUCUACCAUAGAGUUAGUUAGAAUUUUGCUUCAAGGACCCUUACUUGAAGGGACAAUAGACAAUAAACAUUUGAGCGGUGAUUUACCGACAUUCAUGGCUAUCCUAGACAGGGCAAUUAUAGGUAGACUGAACAAACUGGGAGAUAAUGACCUCCACUCUUUAGUAAUACUUUCAAAGAAUAUGUUGGAAGAAGGUCAGGGGAGUAUGGAAAUAAGUGAUCCCCCAACACAACCUCAAAUGCAUAUUAUUAAAAGUUUACUUAGAGUGAUAUUUCACCAAAUCAAAAAAGAUGGACUUGAAUUCACAUUAGAGGAUGGACAAAGUAACUUAAUUUUGUCAUUAUUUGUUGACAAAAUUUCUGUUGAAGAUUGUUUCACACGUACAUUUAACGUUCCUCAAUUUCAAGAUCUUCAUAUUUUAUAUCACAAUAUUACUAAUUUAUUAAAUGAAAAAACAAUUGAAACUCAUGCACAACACCAGGUAGAAAACAUGUUGAGAAAUUAUUCCAUAAACACCUUUUGCUGUCUUCAGGAUCUGUCCCAUGGUUUAGAAGAACAAAAACUAUCAGAGGAAUUUGAUAAGAUUGAUUUGGAAAAUAGUCUCAGGGAACAUGAUUUUGAUGAAGAAACAUUGGCUUCGUGUUCAAACUACCCAAAUAAAAUUGUUGUCCCUUUUUCUAAACAAGUUCAACAACAGGUGCAUGUGACGUUUUUACCUUCACGAAAGUUCGAAGGAUUAUGGGAGAGUUUGCAAUUUGAGGAUGGAACCAAAAAAAAAAUAUUCAGUUACGCAACUAUGUCUUUAAAGAUGUCAUCUCUUUCAAGAAAACUCCAAAAAAAUAUUAAAGAUAACUCUAUCUUAAGCAGCAAUAAGUUAUUACUUGUUUAUGGUCCUCCGGGUACAGGAAAGACUUCUAUUUGUAGAGCCCUAUGUCAGAAAUUAUCAAUACGAAAUGAUUUACACACCAACAUUGGAGAAGGUGAACUUGAAUGCAAAUGUAUUUUGAUUGAGUUAACAUGUUCUAACGUUUUUUCUCGAUGGUUUGGUGAAUCUUCAAAAAAUGUUUCAGAGUUGUUUAAUGAAAUCGAGCAGUUGCUAAAACUAAAUGCUGACAAAGGAGUCUUCGUCUGCAUUUUAAUUGAUGAGGUGGAGGCAAUUGCUUCCUCCCGAACUGAUAUAUUGGGGAAAAAUGAAGCUACAGAUGGGGUUAGGGUAGUAAAUACGUUAUUGACCCAUUUGGAUAAAUUGAAACAGUACAAUAAUUUUUUGGUACUAUCAACCUCAAAUUUACUAAAUAGUAUUGAUCCAGCUUUCCUUGACAGAGCUGAUGGUAAGUUUUACCUUGGGAAUCCUUCAGAAACAAUUGUGUAUAAUAUUCUAAAAGUGAGUUUACGUGAAUUGAUAGAAACAGGAAUAUUAAAGACUAAUGAGAAUCUCGAAGACUUGGAGAAGAACAUUGGUUAUAUUGAUAUACUUAGAGUUAUAGCAAAAACAUGUUUUACUCUCUCUAUUAGUGGACGUACUUUGAGGAAACUUCCUUUGAUCUGUAUCUCUGAACAUUUUCAGAGUUUUCCAGUCGAACUCGGAAGUUUCCUAUUAGGUUUAGCUUAUUCAGUAAAAGAAACAGCUUCCAUGGAAAAUAACUUUCAAGAUUAA